AUGAUCUGCAGUUAUCCCAACUCGCAUUCAGACAUGAAUUUGCUGGAUACUUCCAAGAUUAUUGGAGACUGGGGCUGGCUCAUUUAUCCUUCCCAUGGGUGGGACUCCAUCAACGAGAUGGACCAAUUCUUCCAGCCCAUCCACACCUACCAGGUGUGCAACGUCAUGACGGCCAACCAGAACAACUGGCUGAGGACCAGCUGGAUUCAGCGGCACGGCGCCCACCGGGUUUAUGCCGAGAUCCGCUUCACCCUGCGGGAUUGCAACAGCAUGCCCGGCGUCUCAGGCACCUGCAAAGAGACCUUUAACCUCUACUACCUCCAAUCCGACCGGGAUCUGGGCAGCACCACCCGCGAGAGCCAGUUUGUCAAGAUCGACACCAUCGCGGCCGACGAGAGUUUCACCAACGUGGACCUCGGGGUCCGGCGGCUGAAGCUGAACACCGAAGUCCGGGGGGUGGGACCCCUGACCAAGCGGGGUUUCUACCUGGCCUUCCAGGACAUCGGCGCCUGCAUCGCCGUCGUCUCCGUCCGCGUCUAUUACAAGAAGUGUCCCGCCAUGGUCCGGAACCUGGCGGCUUUCUCUGAAGCGGUCACGGGGGCAGAUUCCUCCUCCCUGGUGGAGGUGCGGGGGGAGUGCGUUGUGCACUCAGAGGAGAGGGACACCCCUAAAAUGUACUGCAGCGCGGAGGGCGAGUGGCUGGUGCCCAUCGGGAAGUGUGUCUGCAGCGCUGGGUACGAAGAGCGGAAGGACGCGUGUUCAGCCUGCCAAGUGGGGUUUUAUAAAUCUUCCCCCGGGGACCAGCUCUGCGCCCGCUGCCCUGCCAACAGCUACUCCGACAACCUGGCGGCACAGGUGUGUCGCUGUGAACACACCUUUUACCGGGCGCCCCAGGACCCGCCUUCCGCCGCCUGCACGC